CAGUCACAGCAGGGGGUACACAGUGUUUUUGCCCACUUCUGAAGAAUAAGAUUGAAGGUUUGAAAGAUACCUUGAGAAAGGUGAUGGCAUUCUUUGGUUUACGCGGUUGCCUAGUCUUCGGAUGUUUUGUUUUCCAGCUGUCUAAUUUAUCAACAGGCUUCAAUGUUGUGCAAUCACCACGUUUCCUGGGAAUAAAAAGCGGAACCACAGUGUUUCUUUUCUGCAAGACUGACUCUCCAGAUGCAGUGGAAGUGAAAUGGUGGAAACGUUCAAAAAUCGGCAAGGAGUUGUAUUCGUAUGAAAGCGCAGCUGCAAUCAAGGAGUCAGAUAGCAGAUCAAUGAUACACAAGUUUUUUAUUACUAUUCCAACAGUCAAAAGAGCUGACAGUGGAAUUUACUACUGCGAUAUCCAAGUCAAUAACGAUACCAAAUAUGGUUCAGGGACGGAGCUAAAAGUACAUGCUCGUAUUCAACCAGAAGAAAUCACCAGUCAGAACACAAUGAAGGAUGCAAUCAUUCUGAUACAGGGCUUUCUCCUGAUAGCCUGCUGUUGUGCUCCAUUUCUACUGAAUCUAUGCAAGGAUGAUGCAGAAUCAUACAAUGGAGAAGUUGACGAAGAACAUACUUACGAGGGCUUGGAAAUUGGACAGGAUGAAAAUGUAGCUACAUAUGAAGAAAUAUGGGGAAAAGGAGAGGCCAAGUGGAUUUAUGGAGAGCAUCCUUGUCAGGAAUGAGGAAUUACUUUACCGAUGUGCAUUUUGAAAUGUGUCCACUGGAUCAAUUGUAUCACUGGGACAGUUUUGGGAAAGGGGGGCGUUCAGGGGGCCAGGGUGGGGGGAUAACAUGAACAGCUUGCCUUACACAAACCAGCCAGGAGUUCUCUCUCCUAGUGUACAUCACCUGCAGUGCUCAACUUGGAUUUCUCCAAACUACCAUGAUAUGACUUACUCUGCACAGUACUGUCACUGAAAUUGAUCCCAGAAGCCUGGUGUAGCUCAAUCUUUAGAGCCCUUGCCUUUAUUCCCUCCUGUCGUAUUGGCUAAAUUCUUUACAGUAGCAUCAAAUUAAAUGUUCUUAUUUUGUUACUGUUCCCUUCAGGGGUUCAGGAUCUGUCCUUCAGUUCUAGUUGCCUGCCAUAUACAUUUAAUAGGCAGGCUAGAUCAACCAAGGGGUCUUUACAUUAAUUUGCACCAGCACCUUCUACUACAUACCAAUGGUUACCUGAAAAACUAAAGGAAACUCAUUCCAAAGUGGCAGAUCACUAGAGGGUGCUGGCUCUUGCUUCUAUAGAGAAACUCUGGCUGAUCUAGUCUAUGGCAGGUAAAUAGAAUUGAAGAUCAAGAGAAAGGAAUAUUUUAAUAACUGCAAUAAAAACCUCUCAGAAUGACUGCAAGCAUCUUUAAAAGGAUAGAUGGAUUCUACUCUAAGUAUAAGCUACAACAUGUCCAGUAGGGUGAUAUGGUAUAGGUACAUGUGGAAUAUACAUGGUAGAUGGUUGCUGUAAAUCUCUACAGGGUGCCAAGCUCUGAGAGAACAAUAUCAGAGACAUCAAUGCAGAAGAUUAGGAAUUGCUGUCACUUCAUUUGAAAAUGAUUUAUUAUCAGACAGCAAAGGAGUAAUAUGUUGUAAAAUGUAAACAUUUUACUUCUGAGUGUUAUGCUUGUUUAUGUGUGCUUGUAAUGCUUCAUUAAAACAAGCUAUUCAUUUAGCUAUGAUACAAACAACAAUCUACAGUUUCCUAUAAGCAGGAAGCAGGAAGUUUCCUAUAAUUAUUUAUUUCUUAGCA